UUCUUUCUUUGGGAAGUCUACUAUUUUUCUCUUCUUCUUAAAGCCACGCUUACGGCUUGUGCGCAAUAACUAUGGUUGGAUAUAAGCGAAGCAGCUGAAAUAGAAUUUAGUUCGUAUUGACAAAGGAACAGGUAGGUAAGCUUUUUCUGUCGGCACGGCUCAAUGGGAAUCAACUGAAGAGCUGUUGUUAUAUUUAUUUUAGGGCGUGGCCACAUGGGUGUGGCAGCAUAUUUGCUGUUUUCCUGUCGAUCACUGAUAUUUGGGCAUGUGUUUGUACAGCCAUUUACCAUGACAUAACAGGUGUCCGCCAGCACCUUCGCUCGUUUUCGGCACCGUGUGAACGGCAAACAGCUCUGGACAGGAGAGAGCUGCGGGCGACCUAAAUGCGGUGAAGCGGUAGAGAUUAAGAAUGACAAACCACAUGGGGCCAACUCGGUUAUGCUCUAUUUCACAUCAAUGAGGUACCUCUGAAAGAAUAAUACUUGAUAUCCGUCUUUUGUAAGCGGCCCCAGAAGACCAGAAGACACUCAUGGCGCAUGCGUCCGUUUAUCUCCAGGGCAAAGGUCACAGAUUUCGACCCAGCACCUGAAAAUCCAGAACAUGAGGAUUUAUGUUAAUAUCUUCCCACUGUCUCACCUGGACAUGGUGUGACUAUAUCAGCAAGCCGUGAGUGGUGAAACAUGGCUUACGACUGCAUCGCAAGGCGAAUAAGUCGUCUGUUUGCCCUGUAUGGAGGCUUCCUGGCACGACAUCCCCUCCCAUUCCUUGUUCUUCCCGUUAUGCUAGCAGCUGGUCUUGGAGUGGGAAUGUAUUUCCUUGAGUCAGAGUCAUCUGUGGAAGGAUUGUACACACCUGAUAAUGGACAGGGGAAGGCAGAGCGCGCUGUUGUCCGAGUACACUUCCCUGUCAAUGACUCUAAUGAUUUCCAGGCUUCCAGACUGGUAACAUUCGGCAGAUCGGCCAGCGUCAUUGUGACGAGUAAAGGACACGACAUUCUGAGUUUAGCGGUGCUGUCAGAGAUCCACUCUGUCUACCGUAACAUUACCGGAAUAUCGUUAGAAAUGUCUGGGACAAACUACACAUUUGAGGAUUUGUGUGCCAUGUGGCAAUCUCAGUGUGUAGUCGAUGGGUACCACCUUCUUAACUUCACAUUGGAGAAGGAUGAAAACACGACCAUUGGUUACCCCUGGACAAAUCUACCUGAUGGGGCUCGACUCUUCAGCGGAGCCACCCUGGGAGGGGUAACUCUAGGGCCAGGAGCGGACGACGUCAGCACCGCUGCCGCCUUCAAACUGACCUUCUACCUACGCAGCGGAAAUUCCGAAGAUGAUAAAUUGAGUGAGGAAUGGGAAAAGGCCCUUUUGUCCUACAUGGGCAAUUUUGAAUCGGACAUUAUCGACGUUUCCCGAACCUCGUCCCAGUCUCUCGAGGAGGAGCUGUCCGCCCUGACGGCCCGCAUCAUCCCGCGGUUCUCCAUCACCUUCACGGUCCUCAUCACCUUCUCCAUCCUCUCCUGUAUGAUGCUGGACAUGGUCCGCACCAAGCCGUGGCUGGGCAUGCUGGGUGUCCUGUCCGCGGGCAUGGCGGUGGUGUCAUCCAUGGGGCUGUGUCUGUACUGUGGGGUCACAUUCACCAGCGUGGUGGCCUCCAUGCCAUUCCUCAUCGUAGGGAUCGGUGUGGACGACAUGUUCAUCAUGCUGGCGGCCUGGAGGAAGACCCAUCCCGGAGGCAGCGUGGAGGAGCGGAUGGAGGAGACGUACGCGGAGGCUGCGGUCUCCAUCACCAUAACAACCGUCACGGACGGACUGGCCUUCGGGAUCGGCGCCAUUACGGUGUUCCCGGCCAUCCGCGUUUUCUGCAUCUACACCGGGGUAGCUGUGCUUUUUGAUUAUUUCUUUCAAAUAACCUUCUUCGGAGCCUGCAUGGUAUAUGUAGGUCGACGUGAGAAAGGCAACCGCCACGCAGCUACCUGCAUGCCGGCGGCUACUCCUCACGAGGUCGAAGAUAGGUCGGGUUGCUAUCGCCUGUUCUGCACAGGUAACACCAUGGCGGGAGUUAACGAGAGGGGGGAAUUCUCGGGUAGUGACCAUGCUGUCAUGACCUUUUUCAAAGAUUAUUUUGGACAUUUUAUAACCAAAACAUGGGUAAAGGUUGUGGUCAUGUUAGUGUUUGCUGGGUACCUGGGUUGUGCCAUAUGGGGAUGCCUGCAGGCAAGAGAGGGCAUCCGUCUGAGUAACCUUGCUGCUGAUGACUCCUAUGUAGUGAGUUACAACACCAAAGAUGAGCAGCAUUUUACGACCUAUGGUGCCAAAAUUUCGGUUAUCUUCACUGAUGAGCUAGAAUAUUGGAAGGCCACCGUUCAAGGCCAAGUUGAAAAUGCUCUAAGCCGGUUUGAGGAGACAGACUUUACUACGGGGAAAAAUGAAUCAGAAUCUUGGCUACGCGAUUACCUUGAUUUCAUUGAUCAGUUCUCAGGUAUCAUUCCAGGUCUGAAUGCCUCAAGCAAAGAACCAUUCAUUACAAAUCUCAGGCACCAUUUUCUCACAAUUCCUCAAUUCAAACGGUAUGAGCUCGACAUCGAGUUCAACGACAACAAAAGCGAAAUUCUCGCUUCUCGUUUCCUGGUUCAAACGAAAGAAAUUUCAAGUUCUGUCCGUGAAAAGGAUUUGGUUAUCAAGAUGAGAGAACUUGCUGAUCAGAGCCCUUUCCAGACCACGGUUUACCACCCUAGCUUUAUCUUCUAUGAUCAGUACAUCGCCAUCCUUCCCAACACCCUGCAGAACCUGGGUAUCGCCACAGCCACCAUGUUCGUGGUAGCCCUUGUCCUUGUGCCCCACCCCGUCUGCUCCAUCUGGGUGACCCUGUCCAUCGCGUCCAUCUGCACGGGGGUGGUGGGGUACAUGACCUUCUGGGACGUCAAUCUAGACGCCAUUUCCAUGAUCAACAUCAUCAUGUGUAUCGGCUUUUCUGUCGACUUCUCUGCUCACGUCACUUAUGCCUACGUGUCCUGUAAAGAAGACAGUAGCAAUGCUCGAGCGGUGUUCGCCCUGUAUAGCUUAGGUAUGCCCAUUCUGCAAGGUGCCCUGUCCACAAUAUUGGGUGUGGCAGCUUUGUCCACUGCUCCCUCCUACAUCUUCCGCACAUUUUUUAAAACCAUGUUCCUGGUCAUUCUGCUGGGCGCAUUUCACGGGCUAGUUAUCCUUCCCGUAGUGCUGACCUUCGUAGGACAAGGUGUGUGUGGAAACAAGCGCAGGUAUUCCAUAGACAACAAAAUGCCAACUUGCCAGAAUGGUUUAAAGGAACAAACUGGCCAACUGGAAAUGCAGCGGAAGGGCGGUGAGGUGGAACUCGCGAAUUAUCAGAGCAGAAGUGGAGAUCCUAAACGCCUACCUUCAGAGUGUCAACAUACCAACCCUGCAUUUGAAUUGGACAGCUAAUAAAAAACGAACACAUACUAACAGCGAGGACAUGUAAACCAUACCGAACCGAACCGAACCAGAGAAACACUGUUCAUAUUAUUCUAAGUGCGUAAUUGUGGAAUACAUUUGCAUUUUACCUUGGGUAUUCGCUGCAUUUGCCUUAUCACUGGUAUACAUAUGAUGCACACAUGAUUUACCAAAUUAAUCUGAAUGAUAAAAUGCUGACUGGUCUGCACCUGCCAUCCUCGGCAUGUAUUAUAGUAUUCCCUGUUAAAAUUUUCAAUAGAAAAACUCUUGCAUGCAAAUUUGUUUUGUCUUUUGUUUCUUAAGUGGACAGUCACUGAAUAAGGCAAGAACUUCUACAUACGUGUUCUAUCAUCAGCUCUAUCGGUAUUAUAGAUGUAGAUGGAGGAAGAGAGGGAGAGGAGGGAGGGCUGGGCGUUUCUUAAACUUUCCUACUCCAGCUGUCGUGAAGCAGCAGCGACGAUAUUUGGCCGUCGCCUUUCUCAGAGCGCUCUCUAGCGGUCAACAGAAAUAUAACAGAUCACCUGCUCGAAAUGAGACGUCAUCAAAAUGGCAUCCCCACGUCAUCAGAAUGGUAUCUCCCAAUAGUACUUUGCGUGUGUGAGGUGCAGCAGUAUCGCAUGAAUGGGAUUGGGCUACGGAUCUCCGCUAAAUCCAGAUAUAUGUUACCAACGUUACUAUGACAGAUUUUCAACCACUACAGCACUGUCUGAUAUAGAUAUGAAUUCGAAAACUUAUAAAACGAAAUAUUUGCCCUUAUUAUAAAGUAACUUUCCUCAUGCAGCCAUCCGAACGCACAUGUAACGUUAUGUUUCUUUCAGCUACUUGUCUGAAAGGGCGUAUAUAAUACCACUGUAUGGCUCUGAUACUGAGUUGUAUGUUGCUCCCCGACUGGCAGUAUCCAGGGACAUUGACAUUUUUUACCAGAUCGGCCUAUCCGGCAUGCAACGAAAAAGGUGUGUGUGUGUAUCUGAUACCAUGGCAAUAUUGAGCGAUCAGACAGACAUUGAUUUCAACAGUAUGACGCACGUGGAAAAUACGUGCGACGAAUAUAUCAUAUGAUCAAAUAAAGAGUCAAAAUGAAACCUUGAUCAGAUUUUAUUCCAUUAUCAGUUUUAUAUGCCGACGCGUAUUAUGUUGAAGGAUGGGGAUUAAGUAUUACAAUUGAGUUUUAUAGAUGUCACUAUUACUAUUACCUAAAUAAUCAGGUUGUAAACUGUAACAUACAUUUUGUUUCGUCUGUAACUAUCAGGUUAAUUACUCUCCCUUUAAACCCGUCUUUGUACAGAAAGUAAUAAAAAAAAACUAAAUAAGAUAAGAAUUCGAAACUUUGGUGUUCAUACGGAAAGCCCUACUCGCAUUUUUUCAUGAAAUAAUUCUUCACCCGAGCCCUAUCAAAAAAUGCGUAGUAUGCAGGAGUUGGUGAUUACCUCAAAUGUUCAGCCAUUACCAGGGGUUUGUUUGUAUGAACCGGUAAAAUUCCUCGUGGCAUAACCCACCCGCUUCAGUACAAACUGUAUUUGAUCCACUCAAACAGAGAAGGACCCAUGCUCUUUAAAUGUUCUUGAGGCAUGACUCUCAUCAAACAAGGGAAUGUCCGUAACCGCACUGCGAUACUCAUUUAUACCUCAGCGAAGUGAGGAUAUUUUGGUUACACACUAAAUGAUACAUUAAAGUUGUUUUGAGGUAGCAUCCAAAGUCUUGACAUGUCUAAUUUCACUUCACUCGCUAUAGCAGCCAUGCCCGUGGUGAUCCACAACAUGCUAGUUGUGUUUUACAUCUCUAUCUAAAUGUGAUGUUACAUAUUAUGCUAGCUUAGAAUAAAUCACAAACUAGUAAACCUAUUACAGCGACACAAAUUAUCUUUCAACAUUUAAGUUGGCAAGAUUAACAUUAAAACUAGAGUUCGGGGACCUCAUACCUCCAUGAAAUAUUUAUUGCUUUUUUGUGGAUGGUAUGUAUGUUUAUAGUCGGUUGUAUUUGAGAGUAAUGGUUAUAAAUGUUAUGGGAAAGUAGUGGU